UGUCGCGCCGACUCUCAGUGUGUGUGCGUGUCUCGUCUCGUCUCGUUCGUUCAUAAAUGUCGUAUAAACUGAAUAAACGUUUCUAGUGUUUAAAACUUAAUCGAAUAACGAAUCACAUGUUGUGAUACAGUGCAUUCUGUUUAUAACUUUUAAAAUCCGCCAUAGGACGGUAGCGUAACGACCGAUUUAAGACUGUCAUCUAUGUUGUUUGAAUGGUAUCCGAUUAUUAGUUUGUUAAAAGUGAGUGUGUGUGCUGUGAACAUUUUUAAAGCUUAAUGAUUAAAUCGGAACUCAAUUAAGCUUUCGUGGACGUCUUCUUUCAAUUUAGAAACACAAAUGUUGAAGUUGGAAUCCCCCGAGGUCCGAGUGUCGCUGCCGGUGCCCCGCGCGCCGGACCCCACGGCCCUCGCGGCUUACUGGGCGGAGUAUGAGGACCUCUGCCGGCAGAUCAGCACUGCCCACCAGACAGACGAAGACGACAACCAUUAUGAAGAAGGCGAAUUGGAAACCGAGUGGCUGCAAGCCGCGGGGCUGGGCUCCCUCGCGGCGCCGUUCCAGGCUGGCCUGGAGGUGACGGAGGCGCAGCUGGGUGAGGCGGUGCGGCCGCUGCCCCGCGAGCAGGCGGCCGCGGUGCGCAGGCGCGUCCGCCGGCUGAACCGAACCGUGCGCCGGCGCCGCGCUGCGACGCGAGCUAAGAAGCCGGAUAUCAGAGAUGUUUUCCGCGAUUUGGAGAAUUCAAGUGGCAGCGAGCCUAGGUCGCGUAGUGCGACUCCCGAUUCUUUGGACUCGCUGCCGAGCGGUGGUUCCGGCAGCCCGCCCACCGAGUGGGCAGACGCGGCCACACCACCGGACUUUGUCGACAGUUACCCAGCGGGCACGCACGCGCCGGUGGCCCGCACGCCGUCGGCGCCGGCGCGGCGCGCGCGGCCCGCGCCGCCCGCUCUGCCCGCGCUCUCGCCGCCGCGACACGACCUCUUCAAGCCCAACGAGCUGCAUUGGGCCGAUAUCGCGACUAAUACUGAGGGUAUAGAACUGCUCGGCUAUCAACGAUACGGCACCGUGCAGGGACCGCGGAUAGGAAAGGAACGGAUCAAUGGCUCCAUACUUAAGGACAACGAUCCCUUUAUCAAACACACCCCAGUGGCUCGCACAAAGAGCGCUGCGUCUGCGCAGCAACCUCUCAGCUUCGAACACAAAUUCAAUCUCGACCGGCAAAUGCUCGACCACGAUGAGGAAUGGCCAGAACCGAACAGUGACGUUGACAUCGAGAGCCUGAACGAGUCGCAGCUGAAGAAGCUUCAGCAGCUGCUGUGGCUCGAGCUGACGGCGCUGUUCGAUAAAUAUUCGCUUCCAUUCCAUAAACGAAAAGCGCCCAAGAAGAAAAGGAAAGAAGAAGGCUCCGUGUUCGGGGUGUCGCUGGAGACGCUGCUCCGCAAGGACAUGCUGGUGUGGGAGGAGACGUGGAGCUCGGUGCCGGCCGCCGUGCGCGCGCUCGCCGCCGCGCUGCGCGAGCGCACGCGCGACGAGGGGCUGCUGCGCGUGCCCGGCAACAAGCACAAGAUCGAGUCGCUGUGCCAGCUGAUGGAGCGCGAGUGGUACUCGGACCGCGCGCACGUGGAGGCGGCGCUGCGGCGCGCCACGGGGCACGACCUCGCCGCCGUGUUCAAGCGCCUGCUGCGCGCGCUGCCGCAGCCGCCGCUCACGCAGGAGCUCAUGCGCCUCUUCUAUCACACUUAUGCGCUGUCGGGCGGCACGCAGGGGCGCGCGCUGAGCCUGCUGGUGCAGCUGCUGCCGGCGGAGCAGCGCGCCACGCUGCGCGAGGUGCUGCGCCUCGUGCGCGAGAUCGUCGCGCACAGCCACACCAACAAGAUGAGCGAGCACAACGUGGCCAUGAUCAUCGCGCCCGCGCUCUUCCCGCCCAGCCUCCUCAUCAAAGCAUCAGACAGUUUAGAAACACAAUUAGCAACAGCCGCGAACAGCUGCCAUGUAACAGAAGCUCUUAUGCGCUGGUGUGACCAACUGUGGAUGGUUCCUGCCUCACUCCUAGCCGCCUCUCAGAGGAAACCGCACCAACACAGACGGAAUAACCAUACUUGAACACUUUAUUUUUUAAUUAGGUCUUUAAAGAAACCGUUAUCCAAGGAUUGUGGGACGGGUCAUUUAACGGUGCUUCUAGAAGCAUUAAGUGCUGUGCUUUAUACGUUUAAGUGAUGAACAGAUUUCGAGUUAUAUUUUGAGUGUUUGACGAACGGCAGCCGUCAGCGCGGGUAAAAUUUUAAUUAUCUGUGUGAAUAUGACACGACACGAAACGUCAAUGCAGUGUUGCCAAGUUUUAGGACAAAUUGUAUGAAACAGUUAUUAUAUUUUGUAACAGUAGUAUAAUUUAAUACAUAAGUGUAAUAUGAGUGAUAUUUAUAUAUACUCCGUGUUAACAUAUAGGUAUAAAGAAGCCAAAUAUUCAAUACAUUUGUAGUCUUUAAUGUAUGUAUUCCAGUUGAGGCUAAGCCGUUUCCAUUAAAUAGAGGAAUGUGAAGGCGUAACGAAAAUUAACUAACAAAAAAAGUUAAUCAUUUUUAUUUUUUAACUAUUCUUAAUCAAUCUAAUAAAACUAUUUUUGUAAGUUAUAAGCAAUACUGUAAUAGAAACUUUAUUUAAAGUUACAAUUAUAGUGUACUUUAAUUAUCAAAUUCGUUCCAAUUUAUCUAUAGCUCUUGCUAUCCUUUCUGAUCGUGUUUUAUCUAAUUUAGUUACGCCGUUUUAUGUAUGGUGCCAUGUGUGUGUGUGUUGGUUACCAUUUGGAUUCGAAAGGUUGUAAGAUCGGUGCCCUGUGUUGAUAUUUUACUAAAUGUAAAUAUGAAUCGUAAAAUAUCUUAACAAUUAUCUAGGCAAGCAAAGACUGACUUGGUGUAUUAGGAUUAAGUAUAUUUACUAUAACAAAUAAAAUGUGUAUUAUUCA